AUGUUGAACGUGUCAUUGCCCAGUGUAAACCAAACUUUGAUUUCAAUUCUUGAUCAAUGCAAAUCGAUGCUUGAGCUAAAGAAAACCCAUGCUCUUAUAACCACUCUUGGUCUCUCCCAAGAUGACCCUUUUGUAUCAAAAAUUCUGUCUUUCUCUGCAAUUUCUGACUGGGGUGACAUCGAGUACUCCUACCGGGUAUUUUCACAACUUUCCAGUCCAAAAACUUUUGUUUGGAACACUAUCAUAAGAGGCUACUCGAACAGCAAAAAUCCAAAUCGUUCGAUAUCAGUUUUUGUUAAAAUGUUGCGUGUUGGCGUCUCGCCGGAUUACUUGACGUACCCUUUUCUUAUGAAGGCGUCGGCGCGCCUUUUGAAGCGGGAACUUGGGGCGGCGGUGCAUGCCCAUGUCGUGCAAACUGGGUUUGAGUCUGAUAGGUUUAUUCAGAAUUCUUUGAUUCAUAUGUAUGCCUCUUGUCGGGAUAUCGUGUAUGCACGUCAGACAUUUGAUGGAAUGCUGACAAGAAACUUAGUUUCAUGGAAUGCAAUGCUGGAUGGCUAUUCCAAGUGUGGGGAUGUAAAUUCUGCACGGGAAGUGUUUGAGUUGAUGCCAGAGCGGGAUGUUGUGUCAUGGAGCUCUUUGAUCGAUGGGUAUGUCAAGAGUGGGGAGUACAGGGAGGCUAUAGCUCAGUUUGCAAAAAUGCGUGGUGCAGGGCCCAAGGCCAAUGAGGUUACUAUGGUGAGUGUUUUGUGUGCUUGUGCCCACUUAGGUGCACUUGAGCAGGGGAGGAUGAUGCAUCACUAUAUUGUUGAUAAUGGGUUGCCUUUAACUUUAGUCUUGCAAACUUCUAUUGUGGACAUGUAUGCCAAAUGUGGGGCGAUAGAAGAGGCUUUGAUUGUCUUUCGUGGGGUUCCAAUGAGACGAACUGAUGUGUUGAUUUGGAAUGCACUAAUUGGUGGGCUUGCAACACAUGGAUUAAUUAUAGAGUCACUUGAAUUGUUCACCGAAAUGCAAGGUGUUGGGAUUGCCCCAGAUGAGAUCACAUACUUGUGCUUGUUAACUGCCUGUGCUCAUGGAGGAUUAGUGAAGGAAGCUUGGCAUUUCUUUGAGUGCCUUUGUGAAUAUGGCAUGACACCUAAGAGUGAGCACUAUGCUUGCAUGGUAGAUGUACUGGCACGUGCAGGUCAAUUAACUGAGGCGUAUCAAUUUAUGAGUCAAAUGCCCAUGGAGCCAACAGCUUCAAUGUUAGGUGCUCUGCUUAGUGGGUGUAUGAACCAUGGAAAAUUAGAUCUUGCAGAAAUAGUUGGAAGGAAGCUUAUAGAGUUGGAGCCGGAUCAUGAUGGUAGAUAUGUUGGCCUUUCAAAUGUUUAUGCAGUUGAGAAGCGUUGGGACGACGCAAGAACCAUGCGAAAAGCCAUGGAGAGGAGAGGGGUGAAGAAAUCUCCCGGGCAUAGUUUUGUGGAGAUCUUCGGAACCCUUCACGGGUUCAUAUCCCAGGAUAAAACACAUCCUGACUCGGAACAAAUCUAUGUGAUGCUGAAGUUUAUUAUAAGCCAAAUCAAACAUGAUAUCGAUUAUGAAAAUCAAGAAUAUUAUAAAAGGACCUAUCCUGAGUAUGUUUCAGAAAAAUUACAUUCUUGUUUUGUAUGAUCAUUGCUGC